AUGAGUACAGUCAGGAUUGUGUUUAUAUACACAACUGCCCUGCAUCUUGAGAUCACAAUGGUUGGAAUUUGGGUGUAUAUUUGUGUUUCUAUACUAACUGUAUCAUCUGCGGCCCCUGUUGCCGAAGAUGGGGAACAGGAGUCCGGGUUCAUGAAUACGGACAGCGGCAUAGACUAUCUGCGGGGGAAGAGAUUAAACAAUAAUGUGUACACUAUAACGCCUUGCGCAGCAGCCGCCGCCGCCAGCAUGCCAGUUGCGAGGUCACCAGAAAUGGAAUAUGCAAACUUUGUACCUCCAGAAGCAAGAUACUAUGCUCCCAGUGCAUACGAUUACGCUAAUUCAGGCUACGCAGGGAACAUGUACAGAGCAGAAGACCCAAGGGAGAUGUUGAGAUACUCAGACACCAAUUUUCUGGAACAAAUGCCGACAGCAAGAUUUACUUUAAGGUCGGCCCCAUCUGCCUACGCGCCUCUUAAUACACCAAACAUUGGACUCGUAAAUAGCCAAUACAAUGUGCAUACUGGAUCAUCGGCAUCAGCAGCGUAUGGAGUAUUCCCUAAUGCUAAUGUUGGGAACUGUAACGUGCCACUUCUUUUUAGUUGUACGCCCACGGUUGUGACAGGACAGAUGGUAAAGCCAGAAACACAAAUAUAUGGCAGUCCAACCACUUACUCCUCGAGCGCUGGCCCUCAUUCUAAUGGUUAUUCUAGUGGCGUGGACGGACAUUACGCUCAACGAAUCCAUGUCAAUCACGAACAAGCUAUGUAUGAAAACUCAGCUCCAGUUAAAGCUACCGCUGUUCAUUCAAAUGAAAAAGCCACGUAAAUUGUGUAAACUAGAAAUUCUCUGCGGAAAAGAUGAUUGAUUGUAGACUUUUAGAUUGUAGUUUGGAUUUUUUGUGUGGUACUAUAAAAUUCGUAGUUAGAGCUUGAUGUCAAGGCUUGCGAAUUUUAAUUCUAAAACAACAUUUUAUAAAUGUUUUAUUUUAGUUACAUAUACUACAUUACUUAGGUACUAUUUUUAUUUAAAACAUUGUAAUUACUAUGUGUUAUCGUAGGUAUUGUGAUGUUGGUAUUGUAUGUAAGAAUGAUUUACCUAAAAUGUUUUGUUUUAUUUAGUUUGUGUGCUAGGUUAUUAAUAAAGUAUUGACUAAUGAGAU